AUGGAGUACGUGCGCAGUCCAAACAGUAAGAAAUGCUGCCCUUUGUGUUGUAAAUACUUCGAAAUUCCUUUGGGUGAUCAACCAAAAGAAGCAAAAAUGAUGAUCAACAAGAAUUAUCAUCUCAAACUGCCAGGUCAUGAGGACAGCGAGUUCACUUACGAGAUUUUUUAUACCGUGCCACACGGAGUGCAAGAGGUGAUGCGAUUACUGAAGUUUGCCUUCGAACGUCGCCUUAUAUUCACGGUUGGAGACUCGAUAACGACGGGAGCAAAAAACGUCGUAGUAUGGAACAACAUACAUCACAAGACGAAUGUUACUGGAGGACCACAGAAGUAUGCCUUCUGUAAACUGUCGAGUUUUUAUGCUUCCAGUCUACCGGUUUCUGAAGUUCUUUCCUAA